AUGGUGGUUUGGAAUGGAUUGAUCAUGCUUAUCAUUCCAGCUUCCACCGAGAUUUUUCUUGGAAUAAGAAUGAUCAUUGAGAUUCGACAAAUGUUAGUUAUCAGCCCAUCGAAUAUGAAAUUUUCACCCGUCAAGCUGAUUCUCAUUAUUCUAACAACAAUUGUCAUUCGAGUCGCUCUCCAAGGACCAUUAACUUAUCAAAGUAUCUUCAAUGUGAUUGAUUCUUCAGCCAUGAUUUACUGUUCAUCGGAUGAAUACUUCAAGUUUUCUCUGUCAUCAGUUCCCUGUGAUUUUAAUCAACUCUGCUCAUGUAGUAACACAAUUAACCCAAUUCGUGAGGUUAAUUGUUUGGGUCUUCCAAUCACUAAAUUACCACAAUUACCUUCAAAUUUGACAAUCUACCGAUUCACUAUAAUCAAUUCACCUGAUCUUGAACAUUUACAACCAAAUGCCCUCGGGUCAAGUGAAGGUAUCUCAUCAUUGGUAAUUAAACGUUGCCGUAUAUCAAGUAUUGCCUUUAAUGCCUUUAAUGGUUCACAAUUAACUUUAACUACUCUUGAUUUAAGUUAUAAUGAGUUAACUGAGGUUCCAUUGUUACCUGGUUUACAAUCGUUACAAUGGUUAAGCUUCCGGUCAAAUCGAUUGACCCAAUUAAAGGUAAAAGAUUGGAGGUCACUUUUCAUUGAUUCAAAUGUAACAACAACAAUUAACUACUCUGAUAGUGAACUUAGAAGUCUAAUAAUUUCUGACAAUUUGUUAACUCUAAUUCCUGAUGGGAUAUUUAAUCAACUGGUCAACCUUCAAUCUCUUGACCUGGACAAUAAUAGGAUCUCAAGCCUUGAAGGUAAACCCUUCCCAUCAACUUUGACCUCACUUUCAUUAGCCAACAAUUUACUUGAAAAAAUACCAAUUGAAUCACUUUGGAAUCUCAAUAGACUCAAAUGGUUAACCCUUCGGGGCAAUUUGAUUGUCCAUCUACCUUACUAUUGGCCAUUACCGGUCAUCACAAUUGAACUGAUUGACCUUUCCCAUAAUUUAUUGACCACAUUGUCCGGUAAUUUUUUCACUUCCUUGAGCAAUAAAAUCAAAUCAACUAAUCAACCUUAUUUUCAACCCCAACGAGCAAUUAAUGGUAAACAAUUAAGGAUGAUGAUGGUUAAAAAUGAUUCCAAAAAGUUUACUGAUCAACAAUUAACUAAUCCUGUUAACGAUAAUCUAUUAUUUGGUAACAAUCAAAGUGAAUUAAUUAUCCAUAUACGUGAAUUAUUAUUAGAUUACAAUUUAAUUACAACAAUUAGUGAUAAUACUUUUCAAUCACCGAUUAUAAUUGAAAGAUUAUCUCUUGCCAACAAUCAAUUGAACAAUUUACCUGACAAUUUAUUUACAAACAGUUUAUUAAUUAAUCGUCUCAGAGUUUUUGACAUCUCAUUUAAUCCAAUGAUUAACUUUAAUUCUGAUCAAUCAAAUCAAUUGGUUAGUGGAUUAAAUCGAGUAACUAAUUUACUUUUUAGAGGAAUCAAAUUAACUUCAAUACAAUCAACUUCUCUAGCUAAUUGUUCAACUGAAUUACAAAUGAUUGAUUUAUCAUCUAAUCAAUUGCAAUCAAUACCUUCAUCAGCUUUAUCAUUAACCCGUAAAUUGUUACGUUUAAAUUUAGCUGACAAUCAAAUUAAAAGUGUAGAUUUUGAUUCACUUGGUAAAUGGUCAGUUAAAUUGUUAUCACUUUCAUUAUCCAAGAAUGGAUUACAAUUUAUCUCACCCAAAGCUUUUAGGAACACAAUUAACCUCCGAGAGCUUAAAUUGGGUCUCAACAAUUUACUAACUGUUAACAAUCAAUUCUUGACUCCAUUGGCUUCAUCAUUAACGAUCCUUGAGUUAAGUUACUCAAUCAUGAGCUCACAGAGUAAAUUAUUGGAAACAAUUAAAUCAAUGGUUAAAUUGGAGCUUCUUGAAUUGGAUAACAAUCGCCUAAUUGAUUACCAAUCAAUUAAACUAAUUAAAGAAACACCAUCGUUGGUCCAUAUUGAUUUAGAUGGCAAUUCAUUGAUUAAUUUACCUUCCAAUACUUUCAAUGGUUCUUAUCAUACUAAAUUAAGAAAUAUUGUUUUAUCAUCAAAUAAAUUGUUCACAAUUGAAAGUAAAACGUUUAAUUCACUUGGACAAUUAGUGACCAUUGAUUUAAGAGGUAAUCAAUUACAAUCAAUAUCUGAUUACGCUUUUAACAAUUUACCAAUGUUACAAACAUUAAUCUUGUCUCGUAAUCAAUUGGGAAAAUUAGAUUCUAAACCGAUAAUAGUUAAUUGUUCAAAUUUGAUUAACAUUCAUUUACAAGAGAAUCAAUUAACUUCAGUUGAUUUAAGUUUCUUAAACAGUGUCCAUCUUAAUGGUAACAAUCAAAUUGUUAACAAAAGUUUAAUCAACUCAUUUGGAAUCAAUUUAAACCUAUCACAUAAUCAAUUAAUUGAUUUGUUCAUCAGUGAUGUUGAUUUAAUUACAACCGAUAUUUACAAUAGUGAAAUUAUUAACCAAACCAAUUUAGUUAGCAAUUCAUUACAACAAUUAGUGUCAUCGUCACCUCAAAUACCAACAACAACAACAGCAACAGCAACAAUUAUACCAGGAAUUGAUUUACUACAAUUAACUAAUGAGACAAUUAACAAUUUUACCAAUGAAAGUGUAACCACAAUGAUGACAAUUAAUAGUGAAAGUGAUUCACCUGAGGACAAUUUAAGUAACAAUUUACCAGCCGCUGAUGAACCAAGUAAAUCAAGUGAAAAGAAAAGCAAAUCAAGCAAACAAUUACCAAUAAGAUCAGUUGAUUGUAGUUACAAUCAGUUGAACCAAUUAAACAUUAACCUAUCAAAAGCCCUUGGUGGUAACCUUAUCAAUCUUAACCUUAAUCAUAAUAGAUUGAAAUAUUUUCCACUUGAUUCACUUAAUCAUUUACCUUCAUUGAUGAGUCUUUCACUGAGCAAUAAUAUUAUAUCACAAUUAACUGAAUCACCAUCAUCAUCAUCAUCUUCAUCAUCAUCACCACCUCAAGUUAACCCAUUAACCAACCAGAAUCAAACAAUAUCAUCAACACCAACACCAACACCAUCAACAUCAUCACAAUUACCUAACGGUUAUCAUUGUUCUAAUCUGAUUUACCUUGAUUUAUCUUACAACAAUUUAACCUUUAACAAUUUAUCUGAUCAACUAUUUUCAUCCAUGAUUAACUUAAUGAUUCUUGAUUUAAGCUUUAAUAAUAUUUACAAUUUACCAGCAAAUCUAUUUAAUGGGACAAAGGUGUCAAAGCUUAACCUUAAAGGGAAUCAUCUUUCAUCUUUAACCCUUCAACAAUCAACUAAUCAUCAAAAUAAUCACCAUCAUUAUCAACAAAACCAUCAUCAUCAUCAACACCAAUCUUUACCUGACCAAUUGAUUGUUACUAAUUGUCUUGGUAUAUCAUCAACUUUAACCCAUCUUGAUUUAUCAUAUAAUCAUUUACAAUCAAUUCCUGUUGAAAUUAAUUCUUGUCACAAUUUAAUUCAUCUAAAUAUGAAAUCAAAUCAUUUACACUCAUUUCAUGAAUCAUUAAUGUUUGUGUCAACAUUUAAACAAUUAACUUUCCUUGAUAUUUCAAGUAAUCAAGUUAAUCACAAUCCUAAUUAUCAUCAUAAUCAUCAUCAUCAUCGCUAUAUAAAUGAUUUAACUAAAAGUAAACAUCAACAAUUAACAACUCAAAGGAAAGGAUUAACUAAUCAGAUUGUUAAUUUACCCGAUUUAAAAUAUUUAUAUUGGUCAAAUUGUUCAUUAACUAAUUUACCAACAAUCAAGUCGAACAAUUUAAUUUUUCUUGAUGUUUCUCAUAAUCAAUUAACUAAUUUACCAUCAAGCUUAUUGAAUUCAAUUCCUAAUCUACUUCAUUUUGAUUUGUCUUCUAAUCAAUUAACAGUUGUACCUGAAGAGCUUGGGAUUAGUAAAUUGUUAAUCACUUUAAUAUUAUCCUUUAAUCCAAUAUCAAAUUUAGAUUCUUCAUCAUUUACUCCAUUCAAACAAUUAAAAUCAAUUGAUAUUCGAGGUCUAUCAUUACGUUAUAUUGAUAUCAGGAUGUUCAAUAGUCUAAGAUAUUUAACUGAUCUAAAAACAUCAACUUAUCCAAGGGUCAGGUCAUUUCGAUUAACUGACCUUUUGUCCAAAUCGAUCGCUCUUCGAAGUGCUUUAAUUCAAGUAGACGAAGCGACACUUUCUCAUCAAAUUCAAUACGCUUUCGGGUCAAAGUUACGAGAAUUGGUCAUCACUGGUCAUCAGUUGGUUAAAAUACUUCCUGAUGCUUUUCUUGGUCUUCACCAUCAGCCCGAUAUGAUUUUACGAAUUGUAGAUACAAACAUUUCAUCACUUCCGUCUGGAUUAUUAAGAUACAUUAACGAUAUUCGUCAUAUAACAAUUGAUUUACGUCGCAAUCAAUUGACACAAUUUAAAUUAAAUGUCCUUCAAUCGGUUAAUCAGGAAUCACCAAUGGUCAAGGGGUCACUUGAAUUUAACGUUUUUCCUUUCUCAUCAAAUGGAUUGACAAUUUCAGGUGGUCUUUUGUUGGAAGAUAAUCCAUUAAUCUGUUCCUGUGAUAUUCUUUGGCUUAGUUCGUGGCUUCGAAAAUGGUUGAAAGAGUCUCGAAAAAUUCAUCAUCAUAAUCAUGAUACUUUCUUGUCAACUGAAUCAAAGGCUCGUCUUAUGACCUGUAAACAAUCAAUUGUCCAAUUGCGAAAACAACAAUCAGCUUUAUCAUCAUCGAUCAUUUCACAAAAUAAUUCAAUAAUUUCAAUCAAUUUAAGGCCAAAGGCCAAAUUAAUCAGCGAUAAAAAGAUUCCUCUCCUUGAUAUUUACCCUGAAGACAUUGGAUGUAAUUCAGUCUCAACUAAUGUCAAUUCACCACUGGCUCAAUUGUUUUUAUUACUAUUAUCAAUUGUUUACCAAUUUAUAUAUAUAACGGAUGCAUCUAAUUUACUUAUAUAAGGACAAUCAAAAUUGAUUGUUGAUCAACUGAAUUCACAUUGAAACAAAAUUGAAACUCAAUAGAAAUGCAAAAACAACAAGAAAACAAAAUGACCGAUAAAAUUUUCGGACAUUCAAGUAAAUCAUCAUUUCUAUCAUCCACCCUGCACCUUUUCCACCACCACUCUCUCCAUCUUAUCAUGAAUCUUGAAAUUGUUCAAGUUUCAGUUCAAUUUCUCAGCUCAUGUUAUCUCCAUGGACAAGGGAUAAAAUUUUCUAAAAAAAGUUGCGUUUUCCAAUGAACUUGAAUCAUGAUGAAAUCAAUUUUUCCCCUGAGGCGAUGGAGUAAAAAAAUGAAUCAAAUUUUCUUGUAUCUAAAUUUACCUUCUUUUUUCAUCCAUUCUCAUCCAUAGUUAUCCUCAUCAUCUUCCGUGUAUAAAGUGAGAGGGAUGGAAAAAAUAACAAAACUAUAAGCUUAUUUAUCUGAAAAAAGUUUUUUUGUUCAUCAUGAUACUCAUGGUGAUGAGGCUCAGAUGAUGAUGAGGAUAAUGAUAAGAAACCAAAGAUGAUAUGAAAAAAAAACUCCAAAGACAGAAGAUGAUAAUGUACAUCAGAAAUGAUGAUAGAUUCUCAUCAUCAUCAUCUUCAUCUUCUUUCUCAAGGGAAAUCUUUCUUACUAGACUUUCAUCAACCUCCAAGCAAUUUAAUGUCUUACCUUUCAUUUGAUUUAUUGUAUUAUCUUCAUCAUCAUCAUCAUCUUCAUCUUCAUAAUAUCAACCUUUCUGUGGCCACAAAUAUCUUACCUUUAGAUUAACAAUAUUACUUUUAUUCAUGGUAAACCCCCUUAGGCUUUUUAUCAUCUUCCUUGUCUUCCUUAUCAUCCUCUCACCUUUACCACUCUGAUGGUUAAUACACCUUGAUGAUAUUUCCUAGGAAAAAAAACAAAUCAUUUCCUUGAUUAACAAUAUCAACUUGAUGACAAUUCAAAUCCAUCAUCAAGAUUAUCAGAUUUAUCCUGAUUCUCAUAUUGUAUCAGUCACAUCAAGU